AUGGUCACGUUACCAUUUCAGGGUCACAUAAACCCAAUGCUCAGAUUUGCCAAACGCCUUGUAUCAAAAGGCCUUCACGUAACACUUGCCACAACCGAAGUCGCUCGUCAAACAUUCUCAAACGGCCAGUCCACCACCAUGAUCGACACUAACCAAAACGGGGUCGCUCAAGGCCCCAAAAUCCAACUUGAGUUCUUCUCGGAUGACCUCGACCUUGACCUUGAUCGCAACAAGCACCUCGAUCUCAUGUUACAGUCCUUGCCAUUGUCAGGCUCGAAGAAUCUCUCGAAUCUCAUCACCAAUCUGGGCAGCAAGGGGCAGACAUUUUCUUGCAUAAUCCAUCAAAUCUUUGUGCCUUGGGUAGCAGAUGUUGCAGCUGAUCGCGGCAUUCCUUGUGCAAUGCUCUGCAUACAAGGUUCUUCCCUCUUUUCCAUUUAUCAUCGAUACAAUAAUGAAUUUGAAACAUUCCCAUCAUUUGAUAAUCCAAACAGUGCCUUAGAAUUGCCUGGGUUGCCAUUGCUGGAAGUAAAAGAUCUUCCAACAUUUAUCCUUCCGUCGAGUCCUCCACACUUCAAGAAGUUAUUGUCAGAAUCAAUUCAAAGUUUGGAGAAAGUGAAUUGGGUAUUGGUCAAUUCAUUCUAUGAGCUCGAGGCUGAUGCAGUGAAGUCCAUGGCUUUGUUCAAACCUGUUCUUCCCAUAGGCCCGUUGGUGCCCUCUCCUCUGAUAGGAAAAGAAGAAGGCGUCACGGAUAGCCUAGACAUGUGGAAUUCUGAUGAUUCUUGUUUGGAAUGGCUGGACAAGAAGCCACCCUCGUCGGUUGUGUAUCUUGCGUUUGGCAGCAUAACCGUGUUGGCGAAAAAGCAGAUUGAGAACAUAGCCAUGGCAUUACGAGAAAGCAAACGGCCAUUUCUUUGGGUGGUGAAGUCACUAGGGAAAGAUGGUGAGAACAAAGAUGGACUUCCAUUGGAGUUUUUGGAAGAGACUAAUGGCACGGGAUUGGUGGUGUCAUGGUGCAAUCAGGCAAAGGUGCUUAUGCACCCGGCUUUGGCUUGUUUCGUGAGCCAUUGCGGGUGGAACUCGAUAUUGGAGGCGGUGGCGGCUGGGGUGCCAGUGAUUGCAUUUCCGGAGUGGACGGACCAACCCACGAAUGCCAAGCUUGUAGUUGAUGCUUUCAAGACGGGAGUGAGAAUGAGGACCGAGGAAGACCGUGUUGUCACCAAAGAGGAGGUCGUAAGAUGCAUUUUCGAGGUCACUGAGGGGCCAAGGGCGAGGGAGAUUAAGGAAAGGGCAGCGGAAUUAAAGGAGGCGGCCAGGAAAGCGGUGGGUGAUGGUGGUUCUUCUGAUCGGAAUGUUGAUUAUUUCAUCAGCCAAUUCACAGAACAACCUAGCCAGAAUACAAUCACCAGUGACAAAUAAGUAUUUCCAGACUCACAGUUGCUUCAAGAAAGAAAGAAUGAAAGACAAAGAAAUAAAGAAAUAAAAGAAGAAAUAUAUAGUAUUUUGAAAUAGUAUGGUUUUGAAAUGGUUUUAUAACAUAAGUUACAUCAUAAUUAGUCAUGCUUUCUUAUUUCAGGCAAGGACGUUAGUUGUGAUUUAUUUAUUUAUUUUUUCAUAAUUAAUGAUCGUGUUAACUCUGAUAUGAUGCCUGUGCAUAUUCAUGUUGAUAUGUUAAGUUUAGCUAAGAAGG